AUGUCCGGCUCCUGCUGCGGCUCCACCUGCUCCUCCCUGGGCUGCGGGGGAGGCUGCUGCCAGCCCUGCUGCUGCCAGCCCUGCUGCUGCCGCGACCCCUGCUGCUGCCGCCCCGUGAGCUGCCAGACCACCGUGUGCCGCCCCGUGACCUGUACCUGCCGCUGCACGCGCCCCAUCUGCGAGCCCUGCCGCCGCCCCGUCUGCUGUGACCCCUGCUCCCUGCAGGAGGGCUGCUGCCGCCCCAUCAGCUGCUGCCCCACGUCCUGCACGGCCGUGGUCUGCCGCCCCUGCUGCUGGGCCUCCACCUGCUGCCAGCCCAUCUCUGUGCAGGCGCCCUGCUGCCGCCCCCCCUGUUGCCAGCCUGCCCCCUGCCGCACCACCUGCAGGACCUCCUGCUGCUACUAA